UUAUUGCAGGCCUACAGGAAUACCACAUCCAGCCGCUCAGCCCCCUCGUCAUCGGCGAUAUGGAUUUUGUGAUUGAAAAUCCAUUCGUCAUUGUCGACACUCCGACCCACUUGUCCAACGUCACCGUGGCUGGAUUGGACAAAAUCAAGUUCCUCAGCACGAGCACUGAAUACUGCCGUGGAAAAUGUGGCCUGACCGGCGUCGCUUCGGUGCCGAUACUCCACAUUACCUCAUACUUUGAUGCCACCCUCAGGGUCUCCAAACAUCCCCUGUUUAACAAGAAUGGCACUACCAACAUUACGAUGUACGACGUGCGUUUCAACUACGGCAUGGACUGCGAGAAAAUCAGACGAUCUGGGGAGGAAUUCUUCAUGGCCACGAACUUCAAGAUUUCCCUCGUUCCUGCAAACGCUACGAUCGCCAUCGCCAUGAUCGACAGUGCAGGUCCGAGCGACGUGCUGAUGGAAGGAGCGCCGACAUGGAUGAUUCUGGAUUCGCUGGACCCGCUCAUCAGCAGCAUCAUGAGCAACGUUUUCCUCACCAUUACCAACAAGCUAAUUAUGUACGUGCCAGCCAACUCCGUUUUCCUGCCCUAA